AUGUCGUCGUUUGAGGGGCUUUCGAAGAAACCACUUUCGCUUGUUGAUCUUUGCGUUAGGACUGCGAUUGAUAACGUGCGGUACAUUGGAUAUGUUGGUGGGGUUGAUUUUCACCUCCUGGAUCAGAUUAUGCAACAUUGUACACUAGAGCAGCUGAUGCAUAUAGAGGAUUGUACUCAAGACACUGAUCUUAGUCCAGUCACCAAUAAAUACUGGAAGAGAUUCUGUGUGAAGCAGUUUGGUCCAAAGGCAGAUGCUUUGAAUGUUAUUGUGGACGAAGAUUUCAAGUGGAGAGAGUUAUAUGAGGCAAAGUUGAAAGAAGUGGAAGAAGAUGAGAAGUUAGUUAUUGAUAAACUCAAGGAACGUUACAAGGCUGAAGACGAAAGGAAACAAAGUCGACAAACUAAGCUCUGCUCAAAAACGCCUCCAAUGAAAAAACCCUUUUGGGGUAAUAGUGGAUCAAGUUACAAUCUUUCAAACGUCAAGAGCAAUAUCAUGAAGAAGGCAAAAUUAGAUCUUUAUAAGAGUCAUGAAGUGAAAAAUCUCACUGCAAUUAAAAGGAACACGAUUCAGAAGAGUUUCAGUAUCUCUGCUCCAACGAGGACCGGCGUAUCCGCGAACGUGCCUUCAACUUCAAGAAGCAACAGUUUUGCGCAAGAAGUGAAAAAUCUUACUCCUGUUAAAAGGAACACGAUUCCUCCCAAGGGUUUCAGUAUUUCUGCUCCCAGAAGGACUGGCUUGUCCACGAACGUGCCUUCAACUUCAAGAAGCAUCUCUAAUGGUGAAAGAAAUCCACCGCCAAAGAGGGUCAACAGCCUUCAAGGGACUCCUCCUUCAACUUCAAGAAGCAACUCUACUGGUGAAAGAACUCUACCGCCAAAGAGAGUCAACAGCUUUCAGGGGACUUCUCCUCCUUCAACUUCAAGAAGCAACUCUAGUGGUGAAAGAAAUCAACCGCCAAAGAGGGUCAACAGCCUUCAAGGGACUCCUCCUUCAACUUCAAGAAGCAACUCUACUGGUGAAAGAACUCUACCGCCAAAGAGAGUCAACAGCUUUCAGGGGACUUCUCCUCCUUCAACUUCAAGAAGCAACUCUAGUGGUGAAAGAAAUCAACCGCCAAAGAGGGUCAACAGCCUUCAAGGGACUCCUCCUUCAACUUCAAGAAAUGCAGCCACAAAACGAAAACAUUUAGUGUAA